GAUCCAGUGAUCGCGAGCAAUGCGAUUCUGAACUGCAAUCGGAUCGAAUCUCAAUCGCAGUUCCGCUGAUAACCGACUGUCAGUCAAACUCAAGUGUCGUGUGCGAAAGAAUUUAAAACUGAAUAAAAAUCUCAAGCUUCAAAAAGAGCUCUUCAACCAAAAGACAAGUGAUACGAGUGCCAGGCCAAUACCAAAAUGCAGUUGCUUAAUUUGGUCUGCCUCAAGCAAAAGGUGGCGCACAUCGCCAACAGCAGCAACAACAACAACAAGAACUAUAAAGAAUCCAAGGAGUCAGAUCCCAAGGAUACAGGAGUUUUCGGUUGUUUUUCCAAGAAGGAGGAUCACCAAGAGAAUCCCGCCAAAAAUAAUCAGACCUCUUCAGAUCCGCGAGAAGUUUUCAAAUCCGGAUCGUAUAAAGUGCAGCAAACGGAGCAGGAGCAGCAGAGGAACCUAGAGGCAUCCCCUUCCGUUUACCGCCACCACGACGAGGAGUUUCAUCCGAUCAGAAAGGAGGAGGAGUUAGAGAAAACACCACCGAUCUCCAAACAACCCAGACCGCGGAGCACCCAGAGAUCGCAAAGCCAGCCGGCGAUAGCCCAGAAACCGAACAACCAACGACGUCCAGGAACUUGCACCACCUCUGAAAACGGAACCGCAACCAGGAGCAUGACCUCCAUACCCGCCAACCUGUCCAGCAAUAACGUUGCUGGAGCAGCAAACCUCGCCGGAGCAGCCGCUCCGCCAGAGAAGCAGCCGUGGCCCAACUCGAAGGAUGAUUACGAGCUGAGGGAUGUCAUUGGCGUGGGAGCCACAGCCGUGGUACACGGGGCCUACUGCAUUCCCCGGAACGAGAAGUGCGCCAUCAAGCGCAUCAACCUGGAGAAGUGGAACACCUCCAUGGACGAGCUGCUCAAGGAAAUCCAGGCCAUGUCCUCGUGCAACCACGAGAAUGUGGUGACCUAUCACACGUCGUUCGUGGUGAGAGAGGAACUCUGGCUGGUCCUGAGGCUCCUGGAGGGCGGAUCGCUGCUGGACAUCAUCAAACACAAGAUGCGCACGGCCAACUGCAAGCAGGGAGUCUUCGACGAGGCCACCAUAGCCACUGUCCUCAAGGAGGUCCUCAAGGGCCUGGAGUACUUCCAUUCGAAUGGGCAGAUCCACCGCGACAUCAAGGCGGGAAACAUUCUGAUCGGCGAUGAUGGCACCAUCCAGAUUGCCGACUUCGGAGUCAGUGCUUGGCUUGCCACUGGACGGGAUCUGUCGCGUCAGAAGGUGCGUCACACCUUCGUGGGCACACCGUGCUGGAUGGCACCGGAGGUGAUGGAACAGGAUCAUGGCUACGAUUUCAAGGCGGACAUUUGGUCGUUCGGCAUAACAGCCAUAGAAAUGGCAACUGGAACAGCACCCUACCACAAGUACCCGCCCAUGAAGGUGCUCAUGCUCACGCUCCAGAACGAUCCGCCCACCCUGGACACCGGGGCGGAUGACAAGGAUCAGUAUAAGGCCUACGGCAAGACAUUCCGCAAGAUGAUCGUCGAGUGCUUGCAGAAGGAGCCCUCCAAGAGGCCCACGGCGAGUGAGCUGCUGAAGCACGCCUUCUUCAAGAAGGCCAAGGACCGCAAGUAUCUCACCCAGACGUUGCUCCAAUCCGGUCCCAGCAUGGAGACGCGGGUGCACAAGGCCGCCAAGAGGCAGCCCGGCGCUUCGGGAAGGUUGCACCGCACCGUCACCGGAGAAUGGGUGUGGUCCAGCGAGGAAGAGGAUAAUGGUGGCUCUGCCGGCGGCUCUGGAUCCGGAGGUGGCCGUAAGCAGCCAUCGUCCGACUCGGAUUCGGAGGACAGGCCGAUGAAUCGUUUGGAGAGGGCCGAUUCCUCCGACAGCGAUCGGGAUGAGCCUUCGCCGGAGGUGACACACAGUGUUUCCUCGGCAACCGUUACGCCUGGAACCAUUCCGGCAGGUGGAGCAGCCCAGGAAAUCACAGCUGGUCUGUCCCAGCUCCCCUUACCCAGCGACGCAUCCGCCGAGGCGCCUCCUGUCAACCUCGUCCUGCGGAUGCGCAACUUGCGGCGGGAACUCCACGACAUACGCUUCGAAUUCGUCGUGGGCAAGGAUUCCGCUGAGGGCAUUGCCACGGAACUGGUGGACGCCGGGCUGGUGGAUGCUCUGGACACGCAGCCGAUGGCGCAGCACCUGGAUCAGCUAAUCGCCGCCAGUGCCACGAUGAAAACAAUCACUUUCCAAUUGAGCUCCGGCGUGCAGCCGGGCGAGGUGCCCGACGAACGGUCCCUGGUGGGCUAUGCGCAGAUUUCCAUCACGGACUAGUUGGUAGCCCUGGAUCCUGGAUCAUCAUCACACCAUCAGCACCGCCACCUCCACUUCCACCAACAUGAAGCCAGCACUGCACCCCCAAAUAAAAGCCAGUCUGAUGAUACGUAAGGCCAGAAGGAGUCGGGGACGCGGACCGAGAUCCGUAGGCCCCUCUGGAGAGCCGUUGCCGUUUGCUGCUUUUAGCAUCUAGACUAGAACUAACUGUAUAUGCUAGUGAUAGAUCUUAACGCCAGCCGAUCGUUUACUUUAGUGAAAGUAUCUAUAUCUAUACACACACAUAUAUGUUUAGUAGGAUGGGUCGAGUUCGGAUGGGAUCGUAAGCUAUAGGUAUAGUCUUUAGUUUAAAUCCUCAAGGAGCGAAUGGGAAUUCCCCAAGUUUUAAUUGUUUUAAAUUGAAAGCACUUUCAAUAAAAAUUAAUGUUAAAGAAUACUAAAGUAAGCAAGCGAGAAUGCCAGUUGAAUUUUUUCAUUGAAUUUUUUGAGUAUUUUUUUCUGUUUAUUUGGCUUAGAAGUCGACCCGUCCCCAAGCUUAAUAUAUGCCCUACUAUAUAAAUCCUUUGCGCAUUGUAAUUACUCCAUGUGCCCCACUUCCGGUUCCCUUUACGGCCCCCUCGCCCCGCUAAAAUAGCUAAAAUAAUUGAAAAAUCGUGUACUUACUCGUUUUCGUUUCGUUUGACUCUAAGUAGCUCUGUACAUACACCACAUACUAUACGUAUAUAUCUUAUAUAUAGCUUCUGUUUUUAAUGAGCCCACUGAAGUCAGUAGAUCCUGAUGCAGUCCUGCCUCUAUAUCAUGUAUCCCGCAAGGCGCCUCUUAUUUAUUCUCUAGCUAUCUUAAUUGCUAAUUUGUAAAGACUAGCGGCUAAGUUUUGUUUUUUUGUUUUACUAUUAUUUAACAUUUUACCUUAUAUUUCAUAAUUAUGCUCUUUGAAAAAAAUAUGUAUGAGUUUUUCCAAGAAGCUGCAAGGAUGUAAAGUUUAAGAGAGGAGGCCAGUUUACCUUUAGAAGAAAGUAAGAGAAUCGAGAGAAAACGUAGAAUUAAAGCAAGUUGUGUAACUACCUUGAAAUAAAUCGUAAACCAAUUACUUUAAAAAAAUGAAACCUAAAAAAAAAGAACUAAAAAAAGAAAUUCAAUUAUGUGUUUUUAUUGGCUGAUUAAUGAUGGAAAUGGAAUUAAGAAUUGGGUGACAAGUAAAGUUAAUUUUUAUUAUAUCUUGUAAACAUUAUAAUAUUCUGAAGUAAACAAGCAAUGCUCAUAUUAAAGUUGGAGGAUUAUUUCUUAUUGUCCAAAAUACCUUUAAAAAGAUAAAAAGUUUAAUUUUAAAAAUGGCCUAAAAAUCUAAUAAGAGUCUUAGAAUAAUGGGACAGUAAACCCUCAAAUGUGUAAACUAUUCCCCUCAGCUCACGUAAAUAAGAAGCCUGUAAUUUUUAGACAUUUUAAUUAAAUUGUUGGGCUGCCAUGAGACAUUCUACCUGUAAUACUCGUACAGUAAAUCUGUUUUAAAUGCAAAAGACCUCUUAGACACGUAGUCCUAACAAUUAAACGUUUAUUGAAUAGAGUCCUAGCCACGAUCGACUGUUAUCAACUGUAUACGAGGAACUUGAAUUUCAAAUAAAAAUUGCAUUUGGCUCUUAAUGAAUAUUUUUUGUAAAGUAAGGGGGCUAGGAUCGGGGGAUCUAGGAUUUUUCUGUCAAGUUAUCACCUUCGAUUCUCUGCU